AAGCACCUCUUUUCAUCUCAGGUGCUGGAUAUUCAAUUUGGAGUUUCUCAAUCAGGCUUAAAGAUGGUUGCUGCUUAUUCAGAUGGCCAUAUCAAAGUCUAUGAGCUCUUAGAUCCCUUGGAACUGAAGAAUUGGCAACUUCAGGCCGAAUUUCAGAAUGUCAGUGAUUCAGUUUCUAUUUUGAGCAAAGCUUCAUGUAUGUCUGCAUCUAUUUCAUGGAAUCCACCAAAAGGUGAAAGCCAGGAAUUAAGUUUUGUUCUGGGUUUCAAUUCAGAUACACCACAACUUAACUCCUCGAAGGAAGAUGGAGAAAGGUCAUGGAUCAAAUUUGUUAUCAGAUUGUGGCGCCGAAGAAGGAAAAGGCUCCUCCACCGUCAUCGAAGCCCGCUAAGUCAGGGGGAGGCAAGCAGAAAAAGAAGAAAUGGAGCAAGGGUAAGCAAAAGGAGAAGGUUAACAACAUGGUUCUCUUCGACCAGGCAACUUAUGACAAGCUUUUGAGUGAAGCUCCCAAGUAGAAGCUUAUCACUC